AUGGGCAAAUUGAGCUGCGGAGAGAAGGAUGUCGUUUUGAGUAAAGAUGUCGUCGUCGAGUCCAAGGCAAAGUGGUAUGGCUUUGUUAGAAGUGGGAAAACGGCAGCAAAGGGAAUGGAACGAACCUUUGACUCUUUCGGCAUCUCCUCCCUUCGAAAUCCGCUACACGUCGUUUUCUGCCUCAUGGGCACUUGUCUCCAGUGGGAUCCCCAGCCCAACGGCAGGUUUGAGUUGCCGUCCGAACACCGUUUGUUGCUCGUCGAAGUUGUCCUAGUAGUGAUUGAGCCCUUCCAUAUUUCGACAAUUACAGCGCAGGUCGGGUGGGUCAUGGGUUCUAGCCUUCUAGGGGGGUUCGUCAAAGACGGAGGAGGGACUGAAAUGCAGAGGGAACCGUUGGCGUGCUGGUAUUUACCAUCCCAACUGAUGAACAACUUGAACCAGGUUAAGUACUCGUCAUCGAUAUGUACCAAGCCCAAGCACUCACCCAAACAGAGCCAAGACGCAAUCACCUCCCCUCCGUCUUCUCUCCGAGUCCGCGAAUGUCUUGCAGAGUUUUUCUGGACAGGCGCCUGA